CAGUCGAUCCUGUGCUCCGGUGAGAGCGGGGCUGGAAAGACCGAAGUGGCCAAGCUCGUGGUUCAGGCCGCCACCACAUCGAAGGAAUCGUCGUUCAAGGGAGGAGGGAACAAACUAAACCCCUUCUUCCAGACUCGUCAAGUUCAGAACCAAAUCAUCGAGAGCAACCCUCUUCUCGAAGCGUUUGGGAACGCAAAGACAGUCCGCAACGAAAACUCCUCUCGUUUUGGAAAAUUCAUUCAAAUUCUCUUCAGCCCUGACCACACGAUAUGUGGUGGUCGCGUACGACAUUACCUUCUCGAGAAGGCUCGGGUUGUGUCACAGCACAAGGGGGAGAGGAAUUAUCACGUGUUCUAUCAAAUCUGUGCGGGAUUGACUGGUGAACUGAGGGAUAAACUCCACCUUGCUGGUCCAGAGAACUUUCACUAUCUCAAUCAGAGUGGGGUUUAUCAGCUGCUCGAUACGGAUGGUAAACCCCUCUGCGAUGAAGUUGUGGAGUUCGAUCGAGUGCAGCAAUCCAUGACGCAGAUGCAGAUCGAAGAAGUGACGCAACGGCAAAUUUGGGAAGUCUUGGCUGCUAUCCUUCACCUUGGGAAUAUCCAGUUUGAGAGUGUAGAGAACAAAACCUCAGCGGACGGCUCCAAGGUAUCCAAUGGAGACAUUCUAUCCUUCACUGCAGAUUUACUAUCAUGUGAUGCCUCUGUACUUGAGAAUUGUCUUACACACAGCAUGGUCAAAGUGACCGGGGAAACCAAUCCGAUCCAGGUUCCUCAGAAAGCAGAAUCUGCCGCAGCAUCCCGCGAUGCACUUUGCAAGGUGAUCUACGAGAAGCUGUUCGCUUGGCUUGUUGGGUGUGUGAAUACUUGCCUGAGCUCCUCGGACCGCAAAGUUGAGAGUCACUUCAUCGGGGUGCUGGACAUCUUUGGUUUCGAAGUGUUCGAAUACAAUUCUUUCGAACAGCUCUGUAUCAAUUAUGCGAAUGAGACCCUGCAGCAGCAGUUCAUCAAUCAAAUGUUGCACUCGAUGAUGGCCCAAUACGAGAAGGAGGGCGUGAAGGUCGAUGCUAUCCCCUUCGAAGACAACUCCCCGUGUGUUGACUUGCUCGAGUCCAAGAUGGGAAUCUUUGCGCUGAUUGAUGAUGAAUGCAAUGUGCCUAAGGGAUCCGAAGAAGGAUUUCUAUCUAAGCUGAUGGAUCUCCACAAGAGCCAUACACAUCUGAAACCUGGAGGAUCCUCCUCGGAUCCUCACUUGAAGGAAGGCUUGCAGACCUCGAACGCUCAUUCCAAGUAUGGAUCUGCACGAGUCCAGAGCUCAAAAGAAGCAUUCGUGAUCAGCCACUUUGCUGGAGAGGUGGAGUACACCGUGACACUUUUCCUGGAGAAGAACCGCGAUACCAUCAAUGAAAGCCUCAAGACUGUUUUGAAAAGCUCCCAGCACGCUCUGAUCCGCACCAUCAUGCAAGAGUCCAACGCGGAUGAUACGGACAAGCGGCAACAGGACAAGCGCUCUCUUGGAUUCCAGUUCAAGCAACAGCUUCAGGAACUCGUGAGCCUGAUCGAAAGUGGAAAAGCUCACUACGUUCGAUGCGUCAAACCCAACAACGAUAGAAAGUCCCAUUGCUUCGAGGCACCCAACGUCAUCCGUCAGCUGAGAUGCUCUGGGGUCACCGAGACUGUGAGGGCUAGGAGAGCUGGCUGGCCGGUCUCCUACACGUUUGCAGAUUUUGUGAGCCGCUACGGGGAGGUCUACGUGAGCUCGGCCCGGUGUCGCAACUCAUCCUACGAUCACACCAAGAUCCUUGAGGUACCUGCUGGAGAUUCCAAGAGUCCUUGA